AUGGACCAGGAGGAGGAAUUUGAAUCUCCUUUGACAACAGAAGAGUUGAAGCAAAAGCUAAAUGAGAAAAUGAAAGAGGUGGAAUAUCUAGCAAAACAGAUGAGUUUAGGGAUUACUGUCGACCUAGCGGCCACACCACAAGCAGAAAUUCAUCCUGUUAGGCCUGCUAUUGAGGGUGUUGUAGCAACGACAGAACAACCUUCUCAAGAGGCUCAACCCUCUAGUACAACCACCACUCCUACCACCAUUGCUACCACCACUACUACAACAACACCAGCUACCACGUCAACCACAUCUGUUGCACCAAUUGUGUCAACAAUGCCUCAACCUUUGGUUACAACAAUGGUCACUCCAUCUUUUUUUGUUUCACAGAUGUCAGUGCCUGCAAUGACUCCCACAACUGAAAGAAUAACUAUUCAUAAUGUGGAGUCAGACUAA